AGGCCACAACAUAUAUUGGCAGGAUUGUUUGUGCGGGAGCUAAGCGAAUACAAUAAAGCAAUAUAUAUUAUUCAGAUAUAGGGUAUAUAUCGUUGUUGUAAGAAUAUAAAAAAAGGAAAGAUUUUAUUUAUUUUUUUGGUAUAAACUGCGUCGACAAUUCCUCACAUGGCAAAAUUUCCGACCGCCUUGAAUGUGACCACCCAGCAAGGUUCCUCCCUGCACGAGAGUAGAAGCUGCCACAUUGAAGAGGAACAAAAAGGCAGCCUGACACUUUCCGCACUCGCUCAUCUUUCUCCGGGCUAGUCACUGGAUUUCAAUGUUCAGCCUGCGCUUUGCUUUCUGUGUUGACUUGGGCCGCACCUAUAUGGCGUGUGUGAGCGGGGAAUUUUGCCAGGCACAGCACCUCACCACAGUGGAGAAGUGAAUCGACAGCCCCGCGAGGGACUACGCUACCCAGAAACCUCCUUGACUGGCCAGUGCACUCAAACCGCUGACUUUGAAAAGGCCCUCCUGGGAUAUUGCGUAGUCCUUGGCCCCGACUGCCCCGCCGACACGACACCUUUGCUUUCUGCUUUCUCUUUGAACAGCCAAUCACAAACAGCUCUCCUGAAUGGGCCGUCUCGCCAACAUGAACCGCCCCGCUGCAGUCGAGAUCACCUACGAGUGCAUGAGGUUCCUCAUCACCCACAAUCCCACCAACGCCACGCUUAACAAGUUCACCGAGGUAUGCCUGCGGACGUUGAGUUUAUAUGUGCGCGUGUUUACGAGUGGUCUAAAAAUUGCCCUCUGUUUUUCACGCCAGGAGCUGAAAAAGUUCUCCGUGCAAACUGUGGUGAGGGUGUGCGAAUCCACCUACGACAAGGCUCCUGUGGAGAAGGAGGGGAUCCAGGUUUUGGACUGGCCUUUCGAUGAUGGCGCCCCUCCUCCCACCCAUAUUGUGGACGACUGGCUCAAGCUGCUCAACACCAAGUUUCGAGAGGAACCCGGCUGCUGCAUCGCCGUGCACUGUGUUGCCGGGCUCGGCCGCGCUCCUGUCCUGGUGGCCUUGGCUCUCAUUGAGACCGGAAUGAAGUAUGAGGAUGCUGUGCAGUUCAUAAGGCAGAAGAGACGCGGCGCCUUCAACUCCAAACAGCUCCUUUACCUCGAGAAAUACCGGCCCAAAAUGCGUCUGCGCUUCAAGGAUCCCAACGGCCACGCCUGCUGCGUGCAGUAAGGCGGCGCCGCCCCCUGCGCGUCUUGCCUCCAGCCGCGUGUGGAGCGCGAGCAGUAAUUGUUGUGAUGAUUUGUAAACACUGAGUCAUGGCUAAUCCAACAGAGAACACGCGAGUAAACGCAAUGAAUGAAUGCAGACCACGGGGUACACCAGCGGAACCAACGCAAGGUGAAAGCACACAAACGGGCCCACCACCUCCCGGUUCUACCCGGUUCUACUGUCAACCACGGCCCAACUUUCUUUUCAACUUGAGUCCAUCCUAUCUUUGAUUCCUUCUUCCCUUCUUUCUUCAGCUUGGAAUAUUAUUAGACUUCCAUUUUUGUGAUUUAUUUUUUAUUUUUUAUUUUUUUAAUUGACACAAAGUGGUGAUGAAAAGAUGCAAUAUGACAUGAAAUUGAGAAUUUUUAUUCCCACAAAUGGUGUUCUGAUUGGAGCGAUGUAUCUUAUAAACCAUUUUUUCAACUGUCCAUUUAGGUAUUUGGGCUGUUUUGUGUGGGCACAAACAAGAAAAUGCAGUAAUGUUUUCUCCUCUUUUUUUUUUUUUUAAACCUAUUUCCUCUUUUUGCUUCAAGUCACUUUCAUAUUUUCUAAAUAUGUCUGCAAUAUUUAUUCACAAGGUGAUAUGUGUAGGAGCGGGGCAGGGACACUGAAUUCAACCCUUUUUGUUUGUCAUCCUUUUAAGAGCCAUGUCUUUUUUCUUUUCUUUCUUGGAGUGCAAUAAUCUGUCCACAUUGAAACCCCGGUGACACCACACACACACACACACACACACACACACACACACACACACACACACACACACACACACACACAGAGGAAGUAGCAGGUACAUUGGUUCUUAACAGUGCAACAGUAGGACUUCCCGUCUAAUCGGCUUAUUUAAAGCACACGGCCUGAGAUCCCAUCUGGAGAAAGAAUGAACAUGGUCAGUUUUUUUAUUGUUGUACCCCAUUUUGAAAACAUCCCCCCGAUUCGUAUUGGGUUCUUUAAAGAUAAAUAAAAUGAAAUAAAAAGCAA